UGGCGGCUCCGUGCGACGCGGCGAUCGGGACGCCAUUACUAACGUCGCGUUUUCUCAGUGCGUGCGGUGUGCUGCGGAUAUCGUUCUGCUGCUACGCGUCCACCAACGACGAGGCUAGGCUAGGCGAGGCUCCGUUCGUCGUCUCCGUCGCAUCCUACGCGAUCGCGUGCGUUCUCGCCGACUCCGCGCGGAUCCACUGUAGAAUAUCCGCUCGCACGCCGACACGGUAGAGCCGCAAAGAGCGCUUGACGCAGGUUCUUGCACGAGCCGCAAAAUGCCGGGUUUUAGCAGCGUUGGCACGUUUAAAAUCUUCAUUGGUAAUUUAGCCGACAAGACCUCGAACGCGGACAUAAAGCCACUGUUCGAGAAGUACGGGAAGGUCGUGGAAUGCGACGUGGUAAAGAAUUAUGGCUUUGUGCAUAUGGAGAAUGAGGAAGCAGGCCGUAAUGCGAUACAAAAUCUGAAUGGGCACAUGGUCCAUGGGCAGCCGAUAAAAUGCGAGGCUGCCAAGAGUCGCAAGGGGCCCAACACCCCCACGACCAAGAUCUUUGUGGGCAAUCUCACAGACAACACCAAGGCGCCGCAGGUGCGCGAACUGUUCGCCAAGUACGGCACCGUCGUCGAGUGCGACAUCGUGAGGAACUACGGUUUCGUUCAUCUUGAAGCGACCGGCGACGUCAACGACGCCAUCAAGGAGCUGAACGGACAAAUCGUGGACGGGCAACCGAUGAAGGUCCAGAUCUCUACUAGUCGAGUUCGACAGAGGCCAGGCAUGGGCGACCCGGAGCAGUGCUAUCGAUGCGGACGAGGCGGUCACUGGUCCAAGGAGUGUCCCAAGGGCGGAAUGGGUGGUGGACCAGAUAGAAACGGAUACAGAGACCGAAUGUUCGGGCGUGAUCCAUAUCCUCCGCCGCCGCCACCACCGUUCCUACGGGACCGGCUAAUGGGUGGUGGCCGCUUUGGGGAUUACGAAAGCUACUACGACAGGCGCGGCUUCGACGACACCAGGGAUCUCUACGAGAGGCGGUUUACGGGUAUGACAGCGCCUAGUGACAUGGGUUCAACCAUGUGCGGGCUAGACUUUCCACCAAUGACAAUGCCAUCUCUACCACCAAGACGAGACCCAAUGCCUCCUAUGCCUCCUCUAGGUAUGGGAUCCAUGCGUGACACUGGCUUCUCCCGUGGCAACGAGUAUGGCAUGUUCAGCCGCCGAUCGCCCCCUCCAAGUGGCAACAACGGCCGGUUCAGUAGAGGCAUGUACGAGGACUUCAGCCGAGAUUCGUUUGAAGAGCGUAGACCGGGAUUACGAGGGCCAUCGCCGUCGCGCCGGUUCGCACCAUACUAAAUCGUCGCGUCGGGCUCGGAUCGGUCUCUGUCGGUCGUCUGUCCGUCGGGUCUCUGUCGCUAGCAGGAAGCCUCGGAACCGAGAUACUCUUGGCCGUCUUGCGAACUGCACGCGUGAAGAUCUGCCGCCCGCUCUAUGAGAAACAAGCGCUCUACCCGCAAUGCGAUCUAUUUAGACGGAAAAAAAAUAAACCUCCCGAAACACAAAGAUAGAGCAAAGCAAGUAUAGCCAGCCGAAACUAGCAGAGGCACGCAGAAAUUACCAUCCGACGAAUCCUUCGUAUCUCCCACCGAGACUCCCGGCUUAUCGAUCCUUUCGUGUCUCUUAUCGUCACUUUGACCACUUCGCACCCUUCCCUUCGUCAUACAUUUGUAUAAAGUCAGGUAUCUUCGACGUGUCAGCAGGGGGAUGCGGCCCCACCGCGAACACUUCUCGAUCCUCGCGGCAGGUAGCGUCGUUUCCUCCCUCAAAAUCCACUCGCUUGGACCCGAGGGCUCGAGCAUGAAUUCUUGCAAUUUACGAGGAAAAAAAAAAGAUUCAGGAUCGACGAGCGUCCCGGUGGGGUCGUAUCCCCGCAGCGGUCGAAUCGUUCUCGGGUUUUCUGUGACGAUGAUCGCAUCCACCCCUCCGCUGCGCAAUCGGACAACCGUGAUCGCGCCCGUUACGGACCUAUCUACCCGCGGGAACCGCUGGAAGAGGGUAACAAUCGCUCGGCGUCACUGCGUGAUACCACUGUAAUCGGCGCACGUUGGGCAGAGAACUCGUGACUCGCCGUUGUCGGCCGUCGACCCCCUUCACGCGACUGCGUCGUCGCGCGUCAGAGAUAGACGGUACAAGGCAGGUAGAUCAGACCCGGGAGGCCUCUUCAGCGUCAUGUCCGCCGAGGAUGUUCGGGAGUAGCGCGAGCAUUCGUGAUGUCCGAGAGCGGUACUCGCGGUUAGUCCGUCGGGGAAGUCCAGAUCGCUUUAUCGCUUUACGUGUGCACGUGCGCUUGCACACACUCGGGGAUGCAUCUUAACGAUCGUUCGUGUAUCUCGCGAACACGCUGAAACCGCAGGUUCUCCAAUUUACACAUCUAUUCGUUAAAGGUAGUAUGCUGCCUUUAUAAGCGCAUGACAGAGUCAAUGAUGAAAUUCUUAUCCGUGAAACGCGAGUGUGUGUAUCAUCGCGGGAAAAAAAAUUGUAAAAUCUAACGCGUUCAAGAUAUUUUGUCGAGCUAUCGCCCACGUAUCCCGAAUCGAGCUCUUUUGUUUUCUCUCUCUUUAUUCGCUCUUCGAUUCCUGACUCGUUAAAAUGGUACUUUUCUGCAGAAUUUUAAUGGCAGUUGUAAAAUGUAGAGUACAAUUAAUAUUUUAAAGACGUCAAGUUAUUUUAUAAAAAACAUUGUAUCAGUGAGAUUCGGCAUUUGUUCUAGUUAGACGUUUACGGAUUGAUUCAGUAGAUUCGUGAUGCGAUUUCCUCAAACAAACGCGGGGAAAGAAUAGUUUAUGGGUAACUCUUGUCAAUUUUUGAAUCGAGAAAUAGGCCUUUUUCGAUAACGGUUGAGUCUACGCGACGCCAAGUGGCACUUAAAUUUUUCACGGAUAAUUGCACGUAUAGGUGUAAAUUAAAGGACCUGCGACUUUAGCGUAUUCGCGGAGGUGCAUCGAGAAGACGUAGACCGCGCUUAAUGAAAGAAAAAAAAAACAAAGAAGCGUUCGCCGAAGUCUUUCCCCAAAUAGGGGGGGUAGUAUGCGGGUCUAACAGUAGAAAACUGUUUUUACAAUGCUAUUUCAUUCUCUGCAAAAACAAAAGAGUUAUAAUUGGACUUAGACCCGGUAGGAUGCGCCGAUUCUGUAUGGAAACCCAAGUGGCGGAACAUUUAUUCUUAGCGUAUACCAACAUAAUCUUUUUAUUAACGUAGGAUUAACUCUGACGUAAAAACAAAAGACGUGCUGUAGUCUGUAAUAAUCGCACUUCCGUUUUGUUCGUGCGUAGAGACUUGCUGUAAGCUUUUCUUUCUCUAUCGUCUACGCUUUUUGUUUUUUUUUGCUGAGAACCGACCGUGUUUUUUUUUCUUAAAGAUUAUAUAAAUUAUAACCACACGAUAUAUUGCUAAUAUUGAUGCUGAAUAUAAGAGAAAUGUAAUAACAUGUAUUUGUGAAAUUCACAAGAAAAAAACGACGUGUA